AGUCAGUUGACAGAGAAUUAGUGGAAAAAAUUGGAGCACUUAAUUUGUCAAAAGCGGCAUGUAUAGAGGGCUUAUCCUUAUUGUAUAAAGAUGUUGAAGUGCUACUAGCUAAUGAUGCACCCAAAGAGGAGCUGAACUGUUAUCUAGAGAAAAUAAGUGUUUCAUUUGGUUAUUUUCAAACUGUUCACUUGGAUUAUUGCCAAGGUUUGGAAUCUAAGCCAGAAUUACUUACAGAGGCCCUAUAUUUGUACAACAAGCAGUUGCGAAAGAAACUUGAUAUAGUCAGCAAGCUACAUAAUACCAUGAGAGGGGAAGCGGAAAGAGAAAUGUUCGAUGUAAGACCCGAGGACUCGGUGAGCAGAGCCGGAUCACGGCGAAGUAGCAGGUCGUCUCUGGGCUCAGUACCAAGUUCCGCCUCGAGUUCCGAGAUUAGAAGAAUUAGAGCUAAGCAAGCAGUAGCUCGGUUAAAAAUGAAACAGUUAAAGCAACGGCAAGAAUUGCUCAAGCAAGAAGAAAAGAUAAAAAUGAAUCGAGAAAUGUUGGAUAUUCGGAAUGAAAUUGAACAAGCCGACUUAGAGGCCCAAAUUAUUGACAAUGACGAGUGUGCAGAUGCCUGCAAUGUGCAACCACCAGCAGGUAAGCUUGAUCCCAAUCCCAAGGAAUGUGUACAAAGGGACACCGAAGGACCCCUUUGUACAAGCAUUGUCAGACCAACACAAAGCACCGAAAACAACAUGAUGGAAACUCACAGCAGUAUCAACUUAGGUAGAACUGAAGAACAAAUACCCCCCAUUGGCCCAUGUUAUCACCUGACACUAUCGUUAACAACGAGUCGAGCCCCAGGUUAAAGGUGAAAAACGACCACAAUGAUUUACAGCAGCUGGCUAUGACGAUCAGGCAAAGGUUUUGUUCUUCCGAAGCCGGAUUUACUAAAGUUCGAUGGGAAUCCCUUGAAUUAUUGGGGAUUCAUUAGAUCCUUUGAGAACACGGUAGAGCGUAACACCUUCAAUGAAAACGAGAAGCUGAUGUAUCUACUCCAAUACUGCACAGGAGAAGCAAAUAAAGUUAUUCGUAGUUGUGCUAUGAUGAAUCCAGCUGAAGGUUAUAAAGCUGUCCGCAAGCUGUUGAAAGAAAGAUUUGGUCACCCCUAUAAGAUUGCCAUGUCUUGUAUUCGUAAUGUAAUAAAUGGGGUUCAAAUUAAAGCUUCAGAUAGUGCCGGUCUACUAGCCUUUGCAGAUCAGUUGAUGGAGUGUGAAGCCACCUUGGACGCGAUAGGUUAUCUUGACGAAGUCAACAGCUCCGACAACCUAGGGCGAGUCGUUGAACGCUUGCCUUACCAUUUAAAGGCAAAGUGGCUGGAAAGGGCACAAGACUUGUUGGAGGCGGGAAAAAGACCAAGGCUUAACCACAUCUCAGAAUUUGUCAUGGCAAGAGCAAAGAGUGCGAAUAACCCUAUUUUCGCAGCAGUAUCAACUUAG